CAGGCCUGUUUGAGUCACAUGGCCCCAGUUUCUAUUGAGACCAACAAGACGAGGUUUGAAGCUCUGAGCAUGUUAUUGCACAGCAGCAGCAGCAGCAGCAGCAGCAUCAGCAGCAGCAGCAGCAGCAGCAGCAGCAGCAGCAGCAGCGAGCAAUGACAGCAGACAAUCUCCACCUGAACACCACUGCAGCUCUGGGUCUGCAUGACAUGGACGAGGACAUGGACGCUGCUGUGUUUGGGGUCAAAGUGUUUAAUAUAGUCAUCAUUGCUGUGGCCUUGUGUAUCCUCACCAUCACGACUGUCUACUGCUUCACAGGCUGCUACAACCGCACCAGUUCCAUUUCCCUCCUCAGACAGUCAAAGCGAGCCCUCAUGUACGAGAGCGCAGUGAGCCGGGAGGAGCCGCUGGACCCCGUGGCAGUUAAAGCAGUGAAGAGGUCGACCAGCUUCAUCAACCCUCUCAACUUCUUCAGGAGACCGGAGGCAGCAAAGGACAACUCCAGGAUCUAUUACAUCUACAGUAACCCUCUGCCUGUAGGGGUGAAGGACGAGGAGGAGGAUAAGGAGGAGGAUAUUAAAGCCCCGCAGAGACCACAGCACAAACCUGCACUGCCACUGUCCAUCCAAGACUACGCCAGCGAUGCUAACAGUGGCGUCAUCCUGGACCCUCCCAUAUUUUACAUGCAACUUUAACUUUUGUACAGUAGGGUUAUUGGUGCAAGUAUUAUUAUGGAGUAUUACACAGUAUGUCACAGUCGUGUACUAAGGACUAAUGUCAUUUUGGUCAUUGGUGUUUCAAUGUUAAUCCUUCUAUGUUUGUCAUCCAAACCUAAAUCACUUAAGUACCCCUUUAAAACCCUUAUGUUCUAAAUGAUAGCAACAGUUCAUCAGUUCCUCAAAUGGAAUCAGGGCAAACACUGUUAGGUGAGAACAGUGAACAAGUACGUGUUUGAUUGGGGGUCAAGCUAAUUUUGGACUUAGCCGAAGUGAAGCCCAAUAAGAAGUAGUAUAACAUUUCCUACAGGUAGAUGCAGGACUUAAAUUGAAUUGAUGUUAUAAUCAAGUACAUAAAAAUAAUGUUUGAAUAAAGCAGUUCUAAAAA